GUGACAUGCCUUCAGGACUUCUUUGGUGACGAUGACAUCUUUAUGGCCUGUGGUCCAGAGACGUUUCGCUACCAAGAUGACUUCCUCUUAGAUGAGAGUGGUGAGAUAGUUAUAAUAACAGUACCAUAACAUUUAAAUUAGAAUGUCACGGGAGUAAUUAGUGUGUGUGUGUGUGUGGGUACUGUAGGUAUGUGUGUGUGUGUAGUAUCUGACGGUGUGUUCUCUCCCUCCAGAGUGUAGGGUGGUGAAGUCGACGUCAUACGGUCGGAUCUCCUCUCUGCAGGGACGCUACUCACCCAGAGGAGGAGGCUCACGCCGAAGCUCAGGCUCAGGUAUGGCCCUGUGAGUGUGUGUGUGUGUUUUUGUGCAUGCGUGCAUGCGUGCAUAAGUCAUCUGCAGAAUCAACAUCUGUACUUUUUCAGCAAUGUGUGUUUGCCCUUCUUAUCAGCAACCAACUGAAUGAGCAGUGUCUUUCUCUAACCUUCUAACCUCUUGUGUCUGUACUGUAGCCAAUGGGACGGCAGGCAGUCAGCUGUCGACUCCUCACUCAGGGAAGUCCCCCAGCCCUUCUCCUACCAGUCCUGCCAGCCUCCGACGACGCAGGGUAGGACCACACAAUGCUUUACUAAUAUAAUCACAACGCAUUAUUAACAUAGGCCUAGAUUCAAUCAGAUCAAGCGGUAACCGGUGAUAGCCGGCACCCACAUAGCUAAUGUUUUGGCGGUAUCGGCGGUGUAACUGCGUUGGAGCUGUCAAAUCGGUGAGCAGCUGCUCAGUUGUCACAAAGCCACACCCGUCCCACUCCCGUUAGAAGUUCAGAAGGAGAAAGUGUAGGCUAUAGCCUACAGAAAUGAUGACGCUGAAAUUGAAAAUCAUUAAAGAAAAUAACGAGGAUUUCUAUCAGCCUAAUCGAGGUGUAGAUUACAUCUCACAUUCCAGUGUUUGAACUUGUAAACAAGGCUGCAUGGGAUUUCUCCUAAUGCGACUCCUGCAGCCAAUGGCAAUGUCCACUUUAGGUAUAAUUCCAGGAGCCGCUUGUGGAUUUGACAGCUCUAACGCGUUUCCACCUCCGACACCGCCAACACAACCGCUAUGCGGAUGUCGGCUAAAACGGAUCUGAUUGAACAGAGCCCAUAGUAUCCAAUAGAUGGUCUAUAGAUAGUCCCCUAUAUAUAGUCCCCUAUAGAGAGUCACCUAUAGAUAGUCCCCUAUAUAUAAUCCCCAUAGAUAGUCCCCUGUAGAUGGUCCCCUAUAGAUAGUACCCCACAUAUAGUCCCCUAUAUAUAGUCCCCCAUUGAUAGUCCCAUAUUGAUAGUCCCCUAUAGAUAGUCAAUAGUCGCCCAAACUGUCAACAUCCAUGUGUUCAAAAAGCAUUUAUGAUCCCUCCCUCCCUCAGGGGUCCCAACACAGUGGCUCGUCCCUUUCUCUAGCCUCCACCAAGGUGUGUAGCUCCAUGGAUGAGGGAGACGGAGCAGGUAGUGAAGGUAGGAGAGAGGACAUACUGUAUACAUGUUUCAGGGCAGCUUUUCCUUGAGCAUCCUCUAGAAGGCAUUAGCUGAGUCCCAAAUUGCACCCUAUUCCCUUUAUAGUGCACUGCUUUUGACCAGUGCAGAAAAAAGUCAGUAAACAAAGUAAGUAAAAGUUGUGCACUGUAUAGGGGAUAGGGUGUCUAUGGGACAGUGACUUAGGCCUAGAUUCAAUACGUAAUGCAGAUGAUCAGCACUAUAGCACGACUGACAUUUAAAGGCAAUGUUCCCACGUUCACGGAGUCUGUAUUUAUGGUAAGCGCUGCAUUUGUCGGCUCAAUUGGAAAUUACUCUAUAGUGCUGAUCUUCUGCAAUACAGAUUGAAUCCAGCCCUUAUUAGUUUGGGGCCUGUGGAGUGGAUAGUGCAGUAGCAGACAUGAUCGAACUCUCCCGUUUGCCUGGUUUGAUAGCGGAGCUGAACCUGCUGAGUGAUGAAUGUCCCUCCGUCCCUCCUUCCAUCGCUGAGAGGUACAAGGUGGGGAGGACUUUAGGUGAUGGCACCUUUGCUGUGGUCAGAGAGUGUGUGGAGAGAUGUACCGGCAGAGAAUACGCCCUGAAGAUCAUCAACAAAGGCAAAUGUAGGGGAAAGGUGAGAACUACUCCUGUAUCGGCCCAGUUAUACCAAAAACUACAAAGUAGUAAGUAUCUUUGAAACACGUCACAUUCGCUAAUAGCCUAACAAGCAGGAUGUCAAAGCUAGCUAGUGAGACCCUACCUCUUCCGAUUGGUUAUCGAGGGGUCGCAUCACUUUCAAUUUGCAUAAACAUGGGACUUGCUCAGCUCAUAGUAGCUGACCGUUAAGUCGCUGAAUGUUUCCUCGUGUCUCCUCCCCCAAUUGAAAAUGACUGCAUGGUCUCCAGUAGUUUGAUAGUAGUAGUAUUAUUAUAUUAUUAUUAACUGUACUACAGUACUAUUAAGCUGAACUACUAUUAACAUCUGUAACCUGACCGUUCCCAGGAACACAUGAUCCAGAAUGAGGUGUCCAUCCUCCGUCGUGUCAAACACCCCAACAUCGUCCUGCUGAUCGAGGAAAUGGACACCUACAGCGAGCUCUACCUGGUCAUGGAGCUUGUCAAGGUGAGUUGACAGGACAGUUAGAAGAACAGUCGAUUUUAGGGACAGGUUUAGAGAGGGAUACAGAGAGCAAAGAGCACAGACAGUCGGCUGAGUGGUCCGGAUCUUAGACCAGACUCCGGCAAGCUGGUCAAGAUGAGCUGUACCUGGUCAGAUGUUUCAUAGAUUACACCCUGUUAUGGAUAGAGUCAUGCAGGUCAGUACUGUUCAUUACAACUCUGCGUGUUGUGAGGUGUAAUGUGUGUAUCGGUCCACAGGGGGGUGACCUGUUUGAUGCCAUCACCUCCUCUAAUAAAUACACAGAGAGAGAUGCUAGUGGGAUGCUUUAUAACCUGGCCAGUGCCAUCAAGUACCUGCACAGCCUCAACAUCGUACACAGAGACAUCAAACCUGAGAACCUGCUGGUGAGUGUGUGUGUACAUUAUGUUUUUGUGUGUUUGUUUAUUUAUGUAUAUAUAUAGCCGGGAUUCAAUGCAAGGUGUGUUAUAGUGCGGCACACCAUACAAUGCACCUUUUAAAUGCCUGAUGUUCAGGGAGAUCGCAUUCAUGGUAAACGCUGCACAUGUCGACUCAACCAUAAAUUACCAUUAAAAGUCUGUAACGCGCCCUCCAUUAAAUCCCAGCCUAUGCUUCACUGUGUCCCAGGUGUAUGAGCAUCAGGAUGGUAGUAAGUCUCUGAAGUUGGGAGACUUUGGCUUGGCUAGCCUGGUGGAUGGACUCCUCUACCUGGUCUGUGGCACCCCCACCUAUGUAGCACCUGAGAUCAUCGCUGAGACAGGGUACGUCUAUGUGUGACAGGUGUGUGUUGUCCUCUGACAGGUGUGUGUAUUGUCCUCUGACAGGUGUGUGUGUUGUCCCCUGACAGGUACGGGCUGAAGGUUGAUAUCUGGGCAGCUGGAGUGAUCACAUACAUCCUGCUGUGUGGCUUUCCUCCCUUCAAUGGGUCUGUGCUUCUCUAUGAUACCUAGAUAGACAAUACCAUUAUAACCCUUCAGUGGGUCUGUGCUUCUCUAUGAUACCUAGAUAGACAAUACCAUUAUAACCAUUCAGUGGGUCUGUGCUUCUCUAUGAUACCUAGAUAGACAAUACCAUAAUAACCCUUCAGUGGGUCAGUAAAAAAAUCUAAUAAAUACAAAUAAAAUAAAACAUGAAAAUGGCGCCGACAGACAUGGCAGCUCUGCUUCUAGCUCCUAAGCAGCUUUGCAGUAUUUUGUUUUUUUGUGUGUUAUUUCUUACAUUAUUAGCCCAGGAAAUUUUUUGGGUUAUUACAUACAGCCGGAAAUAACUUUUGGAUAUCAGAGCGGCAGUAACUCACCAGCAUUACGACCGGUAAUACGACUUUCCCGAAUUGGAUCCUUUGUUCAUACACCCCAGGGCAAUUUAACUGAUUCCAGAGGCUGGUCCAAAACACCGCCGGUGGAGAAGAGUUGUUCGGAGUGGACUUCUAGUCUGACUCAGGAGGCGCGCACACCAUCCACCACUUCCGAGUAUAUUACUCGCUAAUGUUCAGUCUCUGGAUAAUAAAGUAGAUGAGCUCAGGGCGAGAAUUUCCUUCCAGAGAGACAUCAGGGAUUGUAACAUACUCUGUUUCACGGAAACAUGGCUCUCUCGGGAUAUACUGUCUUUGUCCAUACAGCCAGCUGGGUUCUCAGUAUAUCGCGCAGACAGAAAUAAAAUACUCUCCGGGAAGAAGAAAGGCAGGGGGUGUUUGUUUCAUGAUUAACCACUCAUGGUGUAAUUGUAAUAACAUACAGGAACUCAAGUCCUUCUGUUCACCCGACCUAGAAUACCUCACAAUCAAAUGCCGACCGUAUUACCUCCCAAGAGAAUUCUCUUUGGUUAUAGUCACAGCCGUGUAUAUUCUCCCUCAAGCCGAUACCACGACGACCCUCAAAGAACUUCACUGGACUUUAUGCAAACUGGAAACCACAUAUCCUGAGGCCGCAUUUAUUGUAGCUGGGGAUUUUAACAAAGCAAAUUUGAGGAAAACGCUACUGAAGUUCUAUCAACACAUUGACUGUAGUAUUCGCGGUGCUAAAAACACUCGACCACUGCUACUCCAACUUCUGGGAUGACUACAAGGCCCUCCCCUGCCCUCCCUUUAGCAAAUCUGAUCACAAAUCCAUUUUGCUCCUCCCUUCCUAUAGGCAGAAACUCAAACAGGAAGUACCCAUGCUAAGGACUAUUUAACGCUGGUCUGACCAAUCGGAAUCCACGCUUCAAGAUUGUUUUGAUCACGCGGACUUGGAUAUGUUCCGGGUAGCCUACGAGAAUAACAUAGACGAAUACGGUGACUGAGUUUAUUAGGAAGUGUAUAGGAGAUGUUGUACCCACUGUGACUAUUAAAACCUGCCCUAACCAGAAACCUUGGAUAGAUGGCAGCAUUCGCGCAAAACUAAAAGCGCCAACCACCGCAUUUAACCAUGGCAAGGUGACUGGGAAUAUGGCUGAAUACAAACAGUGUAGUUAUUCCCUCCGUAAGGCAAUCAAACAGGCAAAACAUCAGUAUAGAGACAAAGUGGAGUUGCAAUUCAACGGCUCAGACACGAGACGUAUGUGGCAGCGUCUACAGACAAUCACGGAUUACAAAGGGAAAACCAGCUACGUCUCUCCUUCUCCACGGCCGACAUGAGUGAGACAUUUAAGCGUGUUAACCCUCGCAAGGCUGCCGGCCCAGACGGCAUCCCUAGCCGCGUCCUCAGAGCAUGCGCAGACCAGCUGUCUGAAGUGUUUACGGACAUAUUCAAUCUCUCCCUAUCCCAGUCUGCCUUCCCCACUUGCUUCAAGAUGUCCACCAUUGUUCCUGUACCCAAGAAAGCAAAGGUAACUGAACUAAAUGACUAUCGUCCUGUAGCACUCACUUCUGUCAUCAUGAAGUACUUUGAGAGGCUAGUUAAGGAUAGUAUCACCGCUACCUGACACCCUAGACCCACUUCAAUUUGCUUACCGCCCCAAUAGAUCCACAGAUGAUGAAAUCGCCAUCGCACUCCACACUGCCCUAUCCCAUCUGGACAAGAGGAUUACCUUUGUAAGAAUGCUGUUCAUUGACUAUAGCUCAGCAUUCAACACCAUAGUACCCGCCAAGCUCAUCAUUAAGCUCGGAACCCUGGGUGUGAACCCAGCCCUGUGCAACUGGGUCCUGGACUUCCUGAUGGGCUCAGCCCCCUCCUGUACUCCCUGUUCACCCAUGACUGCGUGGCCACGCACGCCUCCAAUUCAAUCAUCAAGUUUGCAGACAACACAACAGUAGUAGGCCUGAUUACCAACAAUGACGAGACAGCCUACAGAGAGGAGGUGAAGGCCCUGGGAGUGUGGUGCCAGGAAAAUAACCUCUUCCUCAAUGUCUGCAAAACAAAGGAGCUGAUCGUGAACUUCAGGAAACACGGGAGGGAGCACGCCUCUAUCCACAUUGACGGGACCGCUGUGGAGCAGGUGGAAAGCUUCAAGUUCCUUGGCGUACACAUCACUGACGAUCUGAAAUGGUCCACCCACACAGACAAUGUGUGGAAGAAGGCGCAGCAGCGCCUCUUCAACCUCAGGAGGCUGAAGAAAUUUGGUUUGGCACAUAAAACCCUCACAAACUUUUAUAGAUGCACAAUUGAGAGUAUCCUGUCAGGCUGUAUAACCGCCUGGUACGGCAAAUGCACCGCUCGCAACCGCAGGGCUCUCCAGAGGGUGGUGUGGUCUGCCCAACGCAUCACCGGGGGCAAACUACCUGCCCUCCAGGACACCUACAGCACCCUAUGUCACAAGAAGGCCAACAAGAUAAUCAAGGACAACAACCACCCGAGCCACUGCCUGUUCAAGCCGCUAUCAUCCAGAAGGCGAGAUCAGUACAGGUGCAUCAAAUCUGGGACAGAGAGACUGAAAAACAGCUUCUAUCUCAAGGCCAUCAGACUGUUAAAUAGCCAUCACUAGGCGGCUUCCACCUGGUUACGUAACACCUUAGAGGCUGCUGCCCAAUAUACAUAGACUUGAAAUCACUGGCCUCUUUAUUAAUGGAACAUUAGUCACUCUAAUAAUGUUUACAUAUUUUUGCUUUACUCAUCUCAUAUGUAUAUACUGUAUUGUAUUCUACUGUAUUUUAGUCUAUGCCACUCUGACAUUGCUCAUCCUAAUAUUUCUAAUAUUUCUAUAUUCCUUCAUUCUAUUAUUUUACUUUUAGGUUGUGUGUAUUGUGUGUAUUGUUGUGAAUUGUUAGAUAUACUGCAUUGUUGGAGCUAGAAACACAAGCAUUUCGCUACACCCACAAUAACAUCUGCUUAACAUAUGUAUGUGACAAAUAAAAUUUGAUUUUAUUUUAUUUAUGUCUGAUUCGUCAUAGGCCGGGAUUCAAUCCCAGGCACGCUCUAGCUCAGCACACUAGACAACCGACAAUACGUUGUUUAAAGGCAUUUUCCCAGACGUUUGCAGAGAUCGCAUUCAUAGUAAAAGCUUCUCAUGUCAGCUGAAGCAUAAAUUACCUUUAAAUGUCAGCUUUAGUGUGCUGGGCAUAGUAUUUCAGUAUACCCAGAUAGAACAUAACAUCGUAAUGCUGAUGAUGAAAAUGACAUGAGACUUGCUGUCAUGUGUUUGUCCAGGAGCAGUGAGGACCAGGAGAUUCUUUUGGACCAGAUUCUAACAGGACAACUAGACUUCCCUUCACCGUCCUGGGACAACGUGUCUGUCACUGCUAAGGUUGGUCUAUGGUUCUAUCCCUGCACUUAGUGACAAAUGUUUGUAAAAAAUAUAUAUAUAAUAUAUAUAUGUUGAUUGAUUUCUUGUAGGAGCUGAUCACUGGGAUGCUGCAGGUGAAGGUGGAACAGAGAUACAAAGCGCUGCAGGUUCUGGAUCACCCCUGGGUCAAUGUGAGUACCUAAAACAUACUACAUAGAACAUACAUAUGGUAGGUCUACUGUGUGUGUGUGUGUGUGUGAGUGUGUGUGUGUGUGUUUGUGUGUGUGUGUAUGUGUUCCUUGACCAGCUCUAUCAGAGGUUCUGUCUGUGUUCCAGGAUGAUGGGCGAUUAGUGAACGACCAGCAGCUGUCUGUGGCUGGGAAGAUUAGGAAACACUUCAACACUGGUCCUAAAGCCUGCAGCACCACCGCCGGAGUGUCUGUUAUCACAGUAGGGACACACACACACACACCACCACACCACACACCACACUGUUAUUAUCACAGUAAGGAUCCCUCUUAGUCAUUCUUACUCAAGGCUGUGUAGGUGUUUAGAACUGUUCAGAAUGUGUACAGCCCAAAACAUUAGGUUCUUCACAUGUAACCCUGACAUCUAAUGCAUGUCCUCUUCUCCCUCUUCUCUCUCUCUCUGCCUCUCUCCCCCCAUCACUCUGCCUCUCUCUCUCUUUGUCCUCUUUCUCUGUCCUCUCUCUCCCCCUCUCUCUGCCUCUCUCUCUCUCCCCCCUUCUCUCUCCCCUCUCCCUCUCUCCUCUCUCCCUCUCAGACCACCCCUCUUGAUAAGGAGCGGCAGGAUUUCAGACUAAGACACCAGCAGGAUGUGAGGUUGAAGCCCCGCCCCCGCCCCCAACCAACUGGCUUCCCCACCAGCGCCAGCCAAAGCUCCACCCACAGCUCCAACAACCCUGCCCCCUCUCCCACUGACUUCACCUCAGAGUCAGAAGAUUACUCCCCCAGCCCCUCCCCCACCUCUCCUAGCUCCGCUGACACCGUCCGCUCCCCCACCUCCCCCUUCUAG